UCUUGCUCGAUGGAUAAAGUAAGAUGCAUAAAGUCAUUAUCAAUAAUAAAAGUGUCUAUACUUAAUUAUCAACUUAAACAUUCGAAUAAAAGCAACAGUCCUGUGUUUCCCGUGCUAAAGUUUCCAAGUACUAGGACGACAGUCAUAUCACCAGAUUUAAUUGCCUUGUUGCGUGCAAAUUUGCUACGACAGGAAUGGAGCCUCAGCAUAUUGUUUCCAUUGAUGAGAUCGAGCUUCACUCAAGGAAGAUUGUCAAAAUGGUAGCCGGAGAAGGAAGCAGCAGCCACGACCGGCCUGCCACUAUCAGGGAGGAAAGGAUUAAAACAUUAAUGGGGGCAAGAGCCGAAAUGGAAGCGGCGAAAGAGGCAAAAAUACAAAAGGUUAUAUUCUUGUUGCAAGAUCACAAGCUCGUUAAGUACUUUGAGCCAAAAGUGGCAUCACUCGGUCCUAUCCAUCAUGGCAAGCCAAAGUACCAUCUGGGAGAGAAGUACAAGCAGAUAUUGGCGUUUGACUUCGUCCAAGAUUGCAACAGCGACAAUGAAAAUAAUUACGAGUAUAUAAAUUGUUUAUACGAGAAGAUUAAGAAGAAAAUCAACACACUAAGGAAAUGCUUCGAGGAGGAGGUGACGACGGAGUAUGAUGAUGAGUCUCUCGCUUGGAUGUUGUUUGUGGACGGCUGCGCAAUACUACAGUACAUAUUCUGUGCUGCAAAUAACAAGUUCGAAAAGCUGAAUAUAAAAAACGAUAGUGUAACCUUUGCUCAACAGGAUUUGUUCUUGCUGGAGAACCAGGUUCCCUAUCGUCUCCUCAAGAUAUUGAUGAGGUUGAGCGGGAAGGAAGCCCAGUUGAGUGAAUCAAUUGAAAGUUACAUUCGAAACGUUAGUUAUUUGCAAUGGGAGCAGAAAAAACAAGAAGAAAGAGACCCGACCCAUCUUCUCGACCUUCUGAGAACAAGACUCUUAGGUCCUUUGCAAUCCCCUGGAAAGACACGUAAACGGCCGUGUAGGAAGAUACGUCAAGAGGACUCCCAAGAUUGGCAAUCGUAUCGCAACGUGCAAGAGCUUAAAGCAGUAGGAAUCCAAUUGAAACGUAGUGGCCGUAAUUACUUGAGAAACAUAAGUUUUACUAGACUGUUCGAUUUCUACCCCGGAUACCUUUGGCUUCCUCCUAUUACAGUGGAUGACUCAACGGGCCCCCAGUUCAUGAACUUGAUAGCUUACGAAAUGUGUCUCGAUUUCCACAACGACUUUGGCAUCACCUCUUAUGUAUCCUUCCUAGAUUCACUCAUCGAUGAAGCCAGCGAUGUCAAAGAUAUGAGGAAGGCACACGUACUCCGCAACUGCCUCGGAAGCGAUCAAGAAGUGGCUGACCUCUUCAAUGAUAUAGGCACCGACUUGGUGCCUAACUCCGAAACGUAUAAGGAUGUCAAGUUCCAGAUUCAGGGCUACUACGAAGACAAUUGCAUGACCUGGAUGGCUCAAUUCUUUCACGAUCGUUUCAGCGCCCCCUGGACUGUCCUUGGUUUUUUGGGCGUGUUAGUGGGACUUGCUCUAACUGUCAUUCAGACUUGGUACGCAGUUCGACAGUAGACUCGAUCUCCCCCUAGCCCUUGCGAUGACUUCUGCAAGAAAUCGCCAUGAAACUCAACACUAGCUAGAGAAAAGGUACGUACGUACUAAUAAUUUAUUUGCUGUUCAUUCCAAUUAAGUGCAUCUACCAUGCAUGCAUCCCUUAGACGGCUGUUUGAAAUUGCAAGAAUAAAAGAACCUUGAGAGUUCUACAAUAUUGUAUUGAUUCGUUAACUUUGGUUUUGGUGUUUUUAUUCAAGUUUAUAU